AUGCCUCAAAGGACUCCACCAUUCGGAAUCUCUGCCAACAACCAUUUCAUCACUCGCGUUACCUCGAAUUCUUCUUCGAACGGACACCGCCACAUGCCUAGUUUGGCUACACCAACGCCGAUGCCACGAAACCAGAUUAACGCAGCAGCAGCUAGGUUAUACCUCAUGGAUUCGAGCCAGCGCUUACACUCUCAUGAUUCAGCCGAAUCUCCUCCAAACAGCCAGAUAACUGCAGCCGAAGCCUUCUUAAAUUCACCCUCUCAGAGUCAGAUCAACAAGCCAACCAUGCAUUUUCCGGCGAGAUCACUUGACUCAUCCCAAGCCUCGGAUUGUAUGGAAUUUCCUGAUGAACAUCAGGUCUUGGAUGGUGUCUAUCUUCCAAACAAGAUAACCUACCAACAGUGUCCUACUGAGCCUCCUAAUGGUGGUUCAGCAAAAAACACACCUACUGAACCGGUGGUCGACAUUACUUUGAGCUAUACGUUGUAUACCCGUAAGGUGGCAGACCCAUUUGCUGGGGCUUCGAUCAAAAAGGGUUCAAAACCCGGUUUUAUACCCGGUUUUAUACCCUACAAGAUCCGACCGCAGAAAACUCAGUUUCAACUCACCAGAACGCCACUCGUUGCGCUGAAGGACAAACUCUUUCUCUUGGCCAAUCAAAUCAACCCUUCUCCAAACUCUGACGGAAACGCGGAUAUCCUGAAACAAGCCGACGCCCUAGGAGACAUCUCUAUCGAGGUAUACAUUGCUCAACACCCGACCUUUGCUAAGAACCAAGAACGUAAAAUCACCUCCGACGAACACAUGAAGGAGUUCUUCGAUGCUAUUGUGUUACAUCCGACAAAGCAAGCCGGUAUACAUGUGUCAAUGAAAGAUCCAGCCCGAAAGGCUCGAGAAGAUGAAGCACAACUGUCAAUAUCUCAUGCAAGGGUAGUUGCAAAGAAUGUCAAGAAUUCCAAACCAACAACGGCUUCCACCAUAGUUGAAAGUAUCCCUAUGCCCGAUAAAAAACAAUAUCUCGCUGACCUUCUCACAAAAUACACUACUGCACAUAACAACUCGCGCGAAGGGUGGCGAAUUUACAAUCGAGAUGAUGUGACCAUGGUGAUGGAUAUAAGUCAUGCACAUAUGGUUGUGUGGGCCGAAGAGUUGACUAAGAAAAACUCGCGUGCGUCUUUAGAAAAACCGCCCGACUACCUUGACAAUUUUGUAUGGGAAGGCAUCAAGCGGCCGUUAUCUUUGUCCACCCCUGCUAAAUACCCCAAGACCAAAGCAUCGGCUCCCGGUCCUACCUCUCAGCCAACUUCUACUCCUAUCUCUCAACAACCGGACUUUUCAGAAGUGGACCGACUCGUCAAAAAAGCCACACUUGAUCUUUUUUUGGUUUUUGCCAAAGUUCCAGAUGACAAACUUCCCCAUGUCUCAAAAACACUUUAUGAAUACGACAUCACCAACUUUGACAUGUUCCUUCCUCCUGAAGACUUUACUGCACGCGACGUUCAGAAAUUAGGAAUCUCCUGGGCGGGAGGCAGCGGAAGCGCUCAAUCAGUCGGUCUCAAAUGA